AUGUUUGACAACACGCAGUACCCCUAUAACUGCUUCAAUUAUGAUGGGGAUGAUUAUCCUACCUGUAGUUCUGACGAAGAGAAAAAAUUCACCAGACCAGCGUACAGCUACAUUGCCUUAAUUGCAAUGGCCAUCCAGCAAAGCCCUUCAAAUAAAGUCACCCUCUCUGGCAUUUAUGACUUUAUAAUGAAGAAAUUUCCUUACUACAGAUCAAAUCAAAGAGCCUGGCAGAACUCCAUCCGACAUAACUUAUCACUUAACAGUUGUUUUGUGAAGGUUCCCAGAACAGAAGGGAAUGAGAAGGGGAAAGGAAACUAUUGGAGCUUUGCAGCAGGAUGUGAGUCCAUGCUGGAUCUGUUUGAAAAUGGGAAUUACAGGAGAAGACGGAGGAGGAGGAAUGUGAAAAGGGAACACAAGGAGCAGAGACCAAGCAGAGUGAAAAGUCCUUCGUCCUCCAAUAUCUCUUCUGUGGACUCUGCUUUGAACAACAUUUCCUCUUCUGAAAGUAAACAUGAAAGAAUUGAACCGGGCCCAAAACUUCUGGAGCCUUGUGGGUUUGCUGCAAACAGCGUGACCAACAGGCAGAGCCUAAGCAAUUCCUCCUUAACAAAAUCGGAUUCUGAAAUCAAAUUUAGCAUCGAUUACAUCCUUUCAGCCCCCGACCCUUUGCCUGUCCUCAGAUCUCAAUAUAACAUGCAAGAAAAUAAGUAUCACCUACUGGAGGCCCCACAUAUUAAUCUCCAGUUCUGGACAAUGUGA